AUGAGUGGAACACCGAAAUCGUGCUCCAAGAAGUUCAACACAUCCUCUGAUUGCUACGAUACUGACAGUUCAGAUAAAUUAGCUUCUGUUUAUGUUUUAGUUGAGCAUUGUCAUAUGUUAAUGACAAUAAAAGUAUUACUUGCAAUCAUCAGUGCUAUUGCAGGCAGUGGUGUAAUUGGAUUCACAAUAUCAUUCUAUUAUUUAGUUAUUAAGAAGAAAUCAGAACAAAAGAAGAAAUAUCAGAAGAUAUUCAGCGACAUCAUUGAAAAAGAACUUCAGGAUGGAAAACCUGAUAAUCAAGUUGUCAGGAACGUAAUUAACAAGCUCAAUUCAAGAAUAAGUACUGAUGCUGCCUCGGAUCAAUUCAAACUAAACGCUAAAGACUGCAGAAAUAUUACUCAGACCGCUAUUGAUUAA